UUUAUUUUAAUCCUAUUUGCAAAUUUUGUUCGGUUUUUAACCCAUCAUCCAACCGCUAUAUAAAGCCGAAAUUUUUAUGCUAAAUCUUCAUAACUAAAUAGGAUCUCUCAAAAAGAGAUUCCAAUCGAAUCAAAACCCAGACUUCCAAAUUCCUAUAUUCUCUGCACUCAAAAGGCCAAUCAUUCAUUCAUUCUUCUAUACCAUCACAAAAUGUCUCUAUCUAUACAUACAUAGUAUAUAUAGAUAUAAUCUCCGAUUCUCCAAAUUCUCGUCAUGCGACUUGCGAUCAAUGACAUGAGCAUCGCCCGCCGCAACUGCGCCUGCCCAAUGUGCCUCAAAAGCAACCGGACGCCGGCGUCCUGCCCCGCCGUGGCCGAUACGGCGCCGGAGAAAUACGUCGCUGCCGCGCCUGACGACGGGGAGGAUCUAUUUGUGCCGCCGCUGAACUUUUCUAUGGUCGAUUACGGCGUGUUCCGGUCUGGAUUCCCCGACGUGCCUAACUUUCCGUUUUUGAAAACCCUAGGCCUCCGAUCGAUUAUAUACUUGUGUCCGGAGCCUUAUCCUGAAGCAAACGUCAGUUUCCUCAACGAGAAUGGAAUUCGUCUUUUCCAUUUUGGUGUUGAAGGGUCUAAGGGGUAUGGGGUAAAUUUUGUUCUGCUUGAAAUUGUUGCUGGAUUUAUUAUGAAGAGGGAUAAGUAG